UAAAUGAAGGGACACCGUAGAGUUGCGCACUCAAUUGCUCUUGUCAGGCAUAUGUGACGUCCAUUUGAUCCGGAGGGCCACACACGCAAUAAUUCCACAUCAGUUGUACUCUCUAGCGAUGAACACGAACAUUCAACGCAUUCAUGCAUGUCUGCACUACAUAUGUAGGAACCAUCAGUGAGCAAUCGGAUGGGAUAGUGCAGUGUCAGCUGAUUCGGACGCUUCUCGCGCCAUAUCACCGAAUUAGACAAUUUCGAUUUCGUAACCAAAUGUACAUAUGUAUGCUGAAAGACCCUAUCAUCUCAUCGAUGCUGAAGUGCGAAGAGAUCGAGGUAGAGACACACACGGCAUAAAGUCGGAGAUCUGAUUAGAUAACCCGCAUCAGCCGUUGAAAUCAGACCACUUCCGUCGUCACCACAGCAGCUCCGUUGGCGCAAAACAUUCCGUCCGCCCCAAAAAGAUUGAAGUCUAGGAUAAACACCUCCUUACCCCCAAUCGCAAACCUCAUCACAAAAUCUCCAAGCACAAUGAACACGGUGAAAUCAGUAUACUAUGGCUGGGGUACCCUCAUAGUCGCAGGCGGCGGCGCCUACUUCUUCGCCAAACGCAGCAUCAACGCCGAACGCGCCGCAAAAGCCGAAGCCGAACACCAAAAACGCCUCCGACAGUACAACCUCGAGCAGCAACACAUCACUUCCCCUUCGUCCUCGUCGAGUUCGCAAGCGGCACCGCGCAGCGUUACCAGUGAGCUCGGUAAGAAGGGUUGGAGCGAGGGUGGUGUGGGCGCGGGGGAAGCUGGGAAACCGAGUCAGGAGGCAAGCUCGGAUCCGGCGCCGACGAGGCAUGCGCCUGAGGAUGAGGAGGGUGUCGUGAGGGAGAAGAGCAAGUAUGAAGCAAGCGAUGUUUUCAGAAGUAGGAAGGGGGAUCGGUUUUCGUGAGGGAAUGAUGUUUGGUGGUGGGGGGCUUUGGGCAAUACAUCGGAAUUGCUCAGAUGGCCAAGGGAGUUGUUCUAUUAGCGUU